AUGAAGCUCUCACUUCUCCUCGCUCUUCUGCCAGUGGCUCUUGCCCUUCCUGCGCCAGUCAUCGUUCCCCGUGCUGGUACUCCCAUCCCAGGAAGGUACAUUGUCAAGCUCAAGAACCAGAACCUUGAGAACCUCAUCAACACUGCCUUGAAGCUUCUCAAGAAGGACCCCACCCACGUCUACAAGUUCGGUGGUUUCGGUGGUUUCUCCGCUGAUAUUACUGAUGACAUUGUUGAGCUGCUCCGCAACCUCCCCGGUGUCGACUACAUCGAGCAGGAUGCCGUUGUCCAAGCCAACCUUGGUGUCGAGGUUGAGCUCGAGAAGAAGGCUUACACUACCCAGUCCUCUGCUCCUUGGGGUCUCGCCCGUAUCUCCAGCCAGAGCCGUGGCACCACCUCAUACACCUACGACACCAGCGGUGGUGAGGGCACCUGCUCUUACGUCAUCGACACUGGUAUCCAGGUCGACCACCCAGAGUUCGAGGGCCGUGCCACUUGGCUCGCCAACUUCGCUGACAGCUCGAACACUGACGGCAACGGCCACGGCACCCACUGUGCUGGUACCAUCGGUUCCAAGACCUACGGAGUAGCCAAGAAGACUAAGCUGUACGCUGUCAAGGUCCUCGAUGCCAGCGGCUCGGGUACCAACUCCGGUGUUAUUGCCGGUAUCAACUUCGUUGCCACCGAUGCUAAGACCCGUAGCUGCCCCAACGGUGCCGUUGCCAACAUGUCUCUUGGUGGCAGCCGCUCCACCGCUGUCAACUCUGCUGCUGCCAAUGCUGUUUCUGCUGGCGUCUUCUUUGCCGUUGCUGCUGGUAACUCUGCCGCAAAUGCUGCCAACUUCUCUCCCGCAUCUGAGCCCACUGUCUACACCGUCGGUGCCACCGACAGCUCCGACCGCCUGGCUACCUUCUCCAACUUCGGCGCAUCUGUCGACAUCCUUGCCCCUGGUGUCUCUAUCCUUUCCACCUGGAUUGGCGGCCGUACUAACACCAUCUCUGGUACCUCCAUGGCUUCUCCCCACGUUGCUGGUCUCGCUGCCUACAUCCUGACUCUUGAGGGCAAGAAGACCCCUGCCGCUCUCUCUUCCCGCCUCACUGCUCUCUCCCUCAAGAGCAAGGUCACCGGUCUUCCCUCCGGCACCGUCAACAACCUUGCCUUCAACGGCAACCCCUCCGCUACCUAA